AUGGAUCACAGCGGCCACAAUCACGCACACCACAACCACGCCACCGCGGCGGCGCCCACGCACGAUAUGGGCCACUCGAUGGCGUUCCAUUUUGGAAAUAUGGAGACGAUCCUCUUCACUUGGUGGAUGCCGAAUAGCGCUUCGGGCAUGUUCUGGAGCUGCUUCCUCGUAUUCCUCUUCUGCUGGCUGUACGAGUCGGUCAAGUUCUUCCGCCUCUAUCGCAACAUGCGCAACACGCUCGAGGUGGCGCUCGUCGAGCCCGAGUCGAGGUUCAGAUUCAGCCCGAAAAUCACAGCAUUCGCCCUCUUCGACGUGCCGCUCCACGCUAUUCAGAUCGUACUCGCCUACGCGCUGAUGCUCAUCUUCAUGACGUUCAACGUCUGGCUGUGCAUGACGAUUGUCAUUGGGGAGACCCUCUCCCACCUCUUCUACCGUAUCUGCUUCCCCUACAUCUCGGAUGUGCAACUAUCCGACCCCUCGCCCAGCACUAUCCGGUACAUCGGCUUUCCCGGGGAAUUAUUUCUAAACACGUUGAAAUGCAUCAUAUUGCCCUUAAUAGCUGCUAGUUUGAUAGCGGGUAUUUCCCAACUCGACGCGUCGAGCUCCGGCAAAAUAGGAUCACGAGCUUUUGCCUAUUAUGGAGUAUCGUUAACCCACGCUGUUAUUCUUGGCAUUAUCCUUGUCUUGCUUAUCCACCCAGGCAACCCGGAAGUCAAACAAAAUGCCGUCCAGCGCAUCCUAAAACGCAACGAGCCCCCGACGCCUACUGUGGAAAAAUUACUGGAUUUAUUACGUAAUAUGUUCCCAGAAAACAUUGUCCAAGCGACGUUUGCCCAAAAGCAGGCGAAAAUCGAGACCAGGACCCUGUUUUUACCCAGCGGGCGGAAUGUAACGGAAAAUAUCCUGCGUGUGCGCUACAUUGACGGCAUGAAUAUUUUGGGCGUCAUCAUCUUCUGCAUCGCCUUCGGCGUGUGCAUCUCCAUCGUUGGCGAGCCGGCGAAGCCGUUGAGCGACCUCUUCAUCGCACUCGACUUGGUCAUCCACAAAAUGGUCACCGCCAUCAUGUGGUUCGGCCCGCUCGGCAUCGCGUCCAUCAUCUGCUCUAAACUCCUUGAAGUCGCCGACUUGGUCAGCACCGUCCUCACGCUAUCUGUCUUCAUUCUAACCGUAUUGGCGGGGCUUCUAAUCCAAGUGCUUGUCACGUUACCGCUGAUAUACUACGUGGUAUCGCGGAAAAACCCAUAUCGAUUUCUCAGGGGCCUGGGCCAGGCGCUGAUCACCGGGCUUGGGACCGGAAGCAGUGCGGCCACGAUGCCGUGCACGUUCGGCUGCCUUGAUCGGCUCGGCGUCGACCCGAGAGUUACGAAAUUUGUGCUGCCCGUCGGGACGAAUAUUAAUAUGGACGGCACUGCCCUCUACGAAGCCGUCGCCGCCAUAUUUAUCGCUCAAAUUAACGGGCUGGAGAUGGGACUUGGGGAAGUGGUGACCGUCGCAAUCACCGCAACGCUGGCCUCCAUCGGGGCUGCCGCUGUUCCUUCCGGUGGCCUCGUCACGCUUAUCCUGGUCGUCACCUCACUCGGUUUGCCCGCUUCUGACGUGGGCCUCGUGAUGGCUGUCGAUUGGCUAAUGGGUCGUCUCCGAUGCAUCACCAACAUUGUCGGCGACGCAUUUGCGUGUGGCGUUGUCGAUGCCCUGGUCAGUGACACCCUUCCGCCGCUGCCAAUCGAAAAUAUGGACGUGAAGGUCGAAAGACUGAUCGGCAGAAUCGACAAA